UGAGCCCAUCUAAGAAAACAACUCGCAGGGAGUCCGUGCUCUGCGGAUCUGCGCUGCGUAAAAAUCCGGCACCAAGUUUACGCGCCCGAGGAGCGGAGGAGGAGCGCAGCGCCCGGACGCAGCUGUGGCCGUCAUGGCCCCCGGCGGAUCCGGCUCAGGCGGCGGACACCUCGGCCAGUGCGGAGCGGGAGAAGUGGACGCUGCGAUCGCCCUGCCGCCGCUUCGCUUGCUGCUGCUGCUGCUGCUGCAGACAGUGUUGAGCUGAAGGCAAGGCAAGCGGCUCCCGUGCGCCGUGUGGAGCUUUUUGGGGCAAGUCUCUGGAUCCAAAUGUCACCCCCCUUGGACUCUGCCCCAGUUGGGGACCAGCAGUGUGUGACGGACAGGCAAGUGGGGCCUGUGUUGGCUCUCUUCUGCGUGGCUUCAAAUUGGCCCUGGCUGAGCUCUGCAUGGAUGAACGAGUGAAGAGUCCUGCUAUGGUCUGAUGUCUCAGCAUGGAUGGAGUCAGUCAGAGGACUGGCCACCACUAAUGAGACCAUCGCUCUUCGGCUGAGGACUAGCAUUUACAGGAUUACUCCCACGGUUUCCUGCUCUUUUCCCAGCUAACUGCAUCAUUAUUUAACUCUCCUCAUUGGACUUUUUCCUGAGCCUAGUUUUCAGUGGAUAUAUAUAUAUAUAUAUACGUCAUUGCUUUUUUUCCCCCCACCCAGUUCUUUUUAUUGUUGUUUCCAUCUUCCCAUUUUUUUUCCACUAUGGAGUUUCUGGCUGGACCCUGGAAUAAAGAUUGGGCUUCAUUCUUGCAGUUUUGGUUGACUGUCAUACUAAGCCUCCAAAUGCAAUUCAGCCCAGUGGCCUCUUGCCCGGAGGAGUGUCGCUGUGACAAGUUGUUUGUGUACUGCAAUGAACGCAGCCUGACAUCAGUGCCUCUUGGGAUAGAGGAGGGCUACACGGUCCUCUACCUACAUAACAACCAGAUCAACAGUGCUGGCUUCCCUAUCGAACUUCACAAUCUGGCCUCUGUGGAGACCGUCUAUCUCUACGGCAACCAGCUGGACGAGUUUCCCAUCAAUUUGCCCAAAAACACCAAGAUCUUGCACCUCCAGGAGAACAAUAUCCAAACGAUUUCCAAGGCAGCCCUGGCUCAGCUAACUAAAUUAGAGGAGCUGCACCUUGAUGAUAACUCCAUCUCCACAGUGGGGGUGGAAGAAGGCGCCUUUAGGGAGGCAUUGAGCCUCAAACUCCUCUUCCUCACCAAGAACCACUUAAGCAGCGUUCCCAUUGGCCUUCCCGAGGACCUGAAGGAGCUGCGGUUGGAUGAGAACCGCAUCGCUGUCAUCGCAGAGGAGGCCUUCCAGAAUGUGACGCGCCUGCAGCGCCUCCUGCUGGAUGGGAACCUGUUGACGGAUGAGGGCAUUGCGCCAGGGACCUUCCAGGAGCUAGCCAACCUCCGCGAGCUGGCUCUGGCCCGCAAUUCACUCACUUUCCCCCCUCCCCUCCUACCCAGCCAGGCACUGGUCAAACUAAGCCUGCAGGAGAACCAGAUCAACCAGAUCCCUGUUGCAGCGUUCGCUGACCUAAACAGGCUGGAAAAACUGGAUGUCUCCAGCAACCAGCUCCAGACUCUAACGCAGGGUGUGUUUGACGGCCUGUCAAGCCUAAGGCAUCUCAUAGUUCGCAAUAACCCCUGGCACUGUGACUGUGCAGUGAAGUGGGUGGUGGUGUGGCUCAAGUCUCUGCCCACCGCCAUCAACGCCCGGGGGUUCGUGUGCCUGAGUCCAGACCAGGUGCGUGGCAUGGCAAUCAGAGAGCUCACGCUGGAUAUUAUCGAGUGCCCAGUUGAACCCGAUCAGCCACCCUGGCCCACACUCCGCUCUACACCCCCGCCCCCACCCACCACCGCCCCUAUCACCACCAUGAUCUCCAAUGUCAUCACAACAUCCGUCCCUUACUACCUGGACUCACCCUCCCCACCCUUACCCCCAAUCCAUAUUAACCCUCCUGGCCCUCUUCCUCCGUAUGAGGACCCGCUUCAGAUCUCCUUCAAUGUGGUCAACGCCACCAAUAUUGAGGUGAGCUGGGAUUCCUAUUUCACUGUCACAGGCUACAAGGUCACUUGGGUCAAAAGGGGCCAAACCCAACUAAACGAAGGAAUGCGGGAACAGACAGUGAGUGGGGGCCGGCGGCAUAUUAGCCUCCUUGACCUGGAGCCCCGGUCUGUGUAUCGGAUCUGUGUACACGUGCUGGACACCCUUAACUCCUACAGGCCUGGAGAGGAUACUAUAUGCUCCGAGGCCAGGACCAAGUCUGCUUUGUCAACUAAGAUUCCCGGUAGAGACCAAGCUCCUCAGGAGAGCAUCAAUUCAACUCUGCUAAUGGCUGGGAUCAUAGGUGGGGCGGUUCUUAUCAUCCUGGUAACGCUGCUCAGUCUGUUCUGCUGGCACAUGCACAAGAAGAGCCGGUCAGCUUCGACCAAGUGGAAAUACAACCGCGGCAGGAGAAAAGACGACUACUGCGAGGCAGGAACCAAGAAGGAUAACUCCAUUCUGGAGAUGACUGAGACCAGUUUUCAGAUAGUGGCGCUGAACAAUGAGCAGCUUCUCAAGGGAGAUUUCCGCAUUCAACCCAUCUACACGCCCAAUGGGGGCAUUGGAUUUAGAGAGUGUCACCUCAGUAACAACAGUAUAGUCUACUGCAAGAGCAGCAACGUGCCCAGUACAGAGUUCUGCCAAACGUGAUGCAGCAGCAAACCGUACAGAGGCAUUCACACAUGCAUACACACACACAAGAAACACUUCACGAUACAUGCAUAAAUACACACACAUACACUGUUUGUGUAGACAACAAAAAACAUAAAAAACCUAGUGAAAUAUAACUGUACUAUAUAUAUUUCCAAGUUCUGUCUACAAUGUAAUUUAUACUGUGGAUAAUAAUGUUGGAUUCUCUGCUAUCUUUUUUAUUCUUAGAAAAGAGAUACAAGUGUUUCUUUUUUUUUAUAAUCAGCAGGGUUUUGAAAGUUGUUUUAAUGGUCAGUACUGUACAUGAACAUGGAAUUUGUACAAUCACGGCACCCUGGGUGUAGCUUCUGACAAACGCUGUCGGCCUUGGAAAUGUUGGGGCGCUUCGAGGGCUGGGAUCCUUUGCUAACCACAGAAGCAAAAAACAUGGCCUUUUUACGCUUUGACACAGUGAAAACACUCCCCAGUACAACAGAGCAGUAGUAAAGACAACACAGCACAGGGGAAAUCCAAACACUGCUGAUUAGAGCGCUGUGGAAAUAAAGCACUGGUUCAUAGGUGGCAUGUUGUAAAAAAAGAAUUGAAGUGCACUUUUCUUAUUAGCGGAAGCACGGCAGGAAAUGAGCAGUGGUGGGGAUCACAUGGAAGGGACUGUGGCUGCUUGUGCUAGGGAGAAUGUCACCGGUGCUGUUAGAAAGCCUGCUUUGAGAUUUCCCUAAAGUACCCUCACACCAAAAGUAUCUUUGUUCGGUCGUUUUACAGCCGAACAAAGGUGCGCUUAGUUAAGGGAUGCGUUUGGAAAAAACUCUGGGAAAGAGCACAUUUUCAGUUUUUUCUGGGGAGGACGUGCAAUUAUUAACAUGAGCUUAAAAAGCAACAAAAGGAUUUUUGUCCCUAAUGAGGUGCAUGGAUGUGCUGAGACAUCCAGAGCCCUUUUGAAGAAAUUCGCUCAUUUGUUCUGCUUCUUUUCUUUUUUUUUUAUGCAUUUUUCCUGUGUUUGGGCAAGUGAGGCCACAAGGGGGCAGUUUCUCUCAUCGUCAUGUGUGGGACAGAGGAACAGAGGGCGAGACAGAGGGAUCACUUUACCUCCGCCAUUCCCUUUUGAGUCCAUUACACAGACAGCAUUACUCAUGGUCAAGCGGCAUUGUUUGGAGUACUAUUGCUCAUCGAGCUACUUAAUGAUGUGGAAACAUUAAAAACUAACAGCGUUUUCUGUGUUUGGUGGCUAAAUAAUAUGGAUUUUCACCGCUGUGGUCUAUCAGGAGGGUGUGUGUGUGUGUGUGCAUGGAGUGUGUGAUGAAUUUACAGAGGACAAACACAUAAUGCUAAUUAAACACCCACUUAUUUCAGCCUUGUCUCAGCGUUCAUUAGGCUUUUUGAUAAAUUAGGAAAUUACAGCAAUGAGAUCGCACUCCACCCAUAAUCCUCGCGGUGCACAGUGGUGACUGAGCAGCUCAUCUCGCCUCCCAUCAUUUAUCCUUUUGUCUCCCCCGACGAUGAGACUGUCUCCUUCAUUUAUGGUUUGCACACCUGAACAAUGCACAAGCUCACCUCCCUACAUUAGUUCCCGCCAUGACGAUCCUCAACCCCUGUUUCCCCCCUGGCUUCCUGUGUCUUCCCGUCCCUGGUCUGUCUCGCUGUCCCCCUGUCCGUCUCCGCACCUCUGAUCCCUGCGGGAGCUCAACUAAAAGAGUUUUCCCUUCCCCUCAGCUCAUGGGAGGUGGAGGAAGCUCUUUGCAUGUGAGGUGCCACUGAGAGGUCUUCAUUAUGCACUCCUUAAGGAGACUUUAUUUGAUUUGACAAGAUUUUUAUUUUGAGGGGCCAAGCUUACAGAAUUCCCAGCGCCGACCCCGUCGCUCACCCCCCCCCCUCCCCUGCUCAUAAUCCUCGACCAAAAAAGGGAGAAAAAUAUGUAGACCUUAUUUUCACUUGGCUGCGUGGAGCUCACACUGGGAGAGCGAGUGUGUUAACUCUUUGUGAGGCUGCUUGAACUGAAUGACUGCAAACUAGGCCAAACAAUUUACAGUGAAAUGAUUUUUAAGGGCUUGUAUUCGAGUUACUCCUGAGUGCGGAGAUUAUCUCUGAGAGGAUUUACCUCAGAGGUCAGAACAUCUCAAAAGUAACUGCACUUACUGUAGCUUCAGCAAUAGCUCCGACCACGACUUUAAUUUGAAGUGGUCCACAGUUAAAUUUUGAUCAAGCAAACCGAUAUUCAUGACCACAGCUAAUUAAUGAAACGAUCUAUAUUCACAUUAUGCUGUUGUGUCCUAGAGUCUUAUUUGUAUUGACACAUAUUCUAUUUAUUGGGGGUUUCAUCUCUGUAACAUUUAUUUUAGGCAAUUGGCAACAGCUUGAAAAAAACAAAUCUAUUUAUUGAGAAAAAAUUAAAGAAGAAGGUUAACAGAAGUUCAACUAAUCUCAUGUCUGUAUGCUAAAUUUGAAGCUACCACUCCAAGCCAUUCGUCUUAGCUUAGCAUAAAGACUGGAAACAGGAGGAAACAGCGAGCCUGGCUCUUUCUUGCCAUGAAACCACAUCGUGUCAGUUUUCUACAUUUGUGUUUGCACCCAUUAAACAAAAAAGAUAGAUUGUGUUAAUCUGUGAGCUUUAAAAUUGAUGGAAGGCAGAUUAAAUUUUUUUUACCUUUGGAGAGACAGGUUCAUAUUUGCCUUACAGACAUGAAAGUGGGUUCAAUUUUCUCUGUCCAGGGAAUCGGUGAAGCAAAUUGUUCUUUUAAGUGGGAACAUUUAAAUAAACGGAAUUAUAGAGGAAUGAAUUUAAUGUUAAUAAUGAUCUCAUUCCCCUGGCAAAUUACAUACACUUUAAAGGCUAAAACGUUUAGCAUGAAUACAUUUUAAUACAAAACUUGUGCAGAUGUUUUUAUUUUCAUGUCGGGUUUACUGUUACUGUGAUCUUCUGUGGUUACCAAAGCAUCUCCACUUUUAAUUUACUCCUUUUCUACUAAUGUCCACAUAUCAGCACACUCUGGCCUGCGUGUUAAUUUACCCUGCUUAUCAAUCAUGAAGCUAACUAGCUGAGCACCUAACCCACCAACGGUUCACCAGCUGACCAUAACCCCCACGCCGAGACACAUUUACACAAGAUAUGGUUUCGAUUGUUUUUUUCCUUUGAAGAUUAAAGCCCUCUCUCUCUCGAGUCACAUGCUGACAUGUCAGGUCAAACUAUUGCACCAUAUGUUAUCUCCCACCAUGUCUGUGAAUGUGUAACGGAGACAGAUAUUUGCCUUACCUUUUAUGCAGGACUGAAUGAUUAGCUCGAGAGAGUUUUGAGUAGGAGGAGGGGAAAGGAGCGAGGAAAGAGAGAAAAAAGAUGAGACACAAAGAGACGGCAGAACAGAAAGCACAUUUCUCCAACAGAUUGCAGCCACGGUGGCAACAAUAACAGUAUUAACAAGGAGAACAACACUAAACAUGACAUCGAGUAGCUAACGAGAGACUGUUCAUCCAUAGUGCCAGACCUUAAGCGGUGCAUGGAUAAUGAUUCAACCGGGACCGGGAAGGAGCAUGGUGUUUGCGUCGCAGCGUACAUUACUCUUAAUUUUCUACUUGCUUGAUGAAAGAACGCGACAGCAGUGCCGUGACCAAUGGAAUUACACAAAAUGUAUUAAGGGUCUGCAAGCGUCGGUUUAUUACUGUUUCAGGGUGCCGAGAAGUAAUUUCCCUUAAAGCUCAUUGAUUCACGUUGAAAUAAUUAUGUUCAAUCACCGAGAGGUCAGUUCAGACUAAACACACGAGAGGCUGCAACUGAAUACGUUUUUAAGUCAUCUUUUUCUUCCUAUAGGCAAAACCCUUCACUGCAAAUAGCGAUUAUAGCCAGUGACAUUCAUUCAAGGAUUUUUGCAUGUACUGUAUUUAGCUUCGUAGCCUUUCAUUUUGUCAUACCAGGUUUUGAACUUUAAAGUUUGUUGUUUUUUUUGUGUUUUUUCCAAGCAAUCACCCAGCGGUGGUUGAGAUACAGUAUGAGCUGGAACUUUACAGUGCAUGUAAAACAGCUGGGUCGGGACACUGCCGUUCUGGCUUCUCAUCGAGACGAUCGCAGUGUUAACGUUAGCCAUCCACACGAGACGUUUUCUUAGGAACCAAAGUUAAAUUUCUGUUCUCAUGACGAAAUAUUGAUGUUGUUCCAUGUAUGUGCCUUGAGGUUGAACUUACAAUGUAAAGUCCUUGAAACCUUUAAAUGUUUUUGCACAAACUGUAAAUACUUAAGUGAAGCUUUUUGAAAAUAAAAAAGCCAUUGGAUUUGA